AUGCUUACAUCAACUUAUGUCAACCUCAAAUCCUUCUUUUACCCCAUAGGCAACACAUCGGCUGCCAACCUGUUACGUGAUUAUCGUCCAUGUGGCAAGAAACCAGUGGAGAUUCUCGCAAUUGGAUGCGGCGAUGUUCGGAACAUCCUGUUUACCCUCUGGUCCAACCCAGACUCGCGUAAGAUUGGAUGCAACUUCACUGUGUGCGAUUUGGAUCCUGCUGUUCUAGCCAGAAACAUCUUCCUCCUCUCGAUUGUCCACCAACAUGCCUCUGAGAUAGCUGCUGGAGAGAGUAAGAGCCUGCUUCUCCGCCUCUGGCGCCUCUACUACCAUUUCUAUGUCACGACUGAGGAUCUGGCCUUCGCUCAGGACCAUGCGGAAAUGCUCCACGCCGCUUCCGAAAGCUUGUCAACAUGGAAGGAAUCGCCAAUCGGACAAUUGCUGCAGUUCUCUACCGAGGCCUCCCUGUCCGAAGUGCGCCGUAUCUGGUAUUUGCACGCUCAAGACAGAACAACUCAGGAAGAUGCUCAAACCAGAAAAGUUAUCAAAUCGAUGUACGAUGUUAAGUCCAACACAAAAGACGGUCCGAUCACUAUAAUACACGGUACACGCUCUGCUGGUACUCACGGUCUGAUGGCAGCCCCGCCUCUCAACGUCGCCUUCCAUGACUUCUGGAAGACUGGUGUCGUGGCAGGCAACAACGAAGAUGUCUCUGCACUCGGUCGAGAUGGCGGUGGCAGAGUCAAUCCACUGAUGUCUGUCUCGCCCAUCGCCUCCAAAAAUUUCGAUGUGCACUAUGGCUCCGAUCCUCUGAUUGGCUUCCAUCUAGCCGAGGCUUUCGAUUUGUCUACUGCAGCCAACGCGGAGUCACUUGCACGCCUGGGCUCCUCUACUCUACCUUCGUUCACACACCACUACACUAGACCUUGGAGCGCUGUUCGCCUCAACUUACCAUCGACGCUAGCCACCAAAUUCGACGUCAUCGACAUAUCCAAUGUCAUUGAUCACGUUAGCCUUCUGAACAUCAUGCCGGCCACAGUUCCACUUCUGUCCAAUGCUUCUGCUUCUGUCUUGUACACAGAGUCCCUUCUUCAAGGCGGCAAGGAGCCAGAGAAGCUUCUGGCCACGCUGCUGCAUUCGGAUGUCUCAACAUCCUCUCUUCUCUUUUGCAUCGCUCCUGUCGGACAUCUUCUGGGAACCACAACAGACUCCUCUCACAUCGAGCAGUUGCUCGAAGUGUCUAGCCGCUCCCACGAGGAGGGCAGACAGAGGCAGUUCCGUGUGCGAAUCUUGUGGAGACUGGCUACACAAGGCGAUUGUUUUGUGACUUCUUCCACAUCAUUUCACGCCUGUCGUCUACAGAUGGAUCCUCAGGAGCUCGCUUCGUUCUUCAUGCAGACGUACCUAGCCAUGUUUCGAGAAGCAGAGGAUAUCGGCAUCCGUUUAAAAGUGAUGAGACGCAAGUUGACGACGCCUCUCCUGGGCGACAUUGGCUUCUACUCGCGUGUGUCAUUGGUCACGUUGUUGUCAACUGCUAGGCGGACGUUCUCUACAGAUUGGAAGACAUGUAUCAGUGCACUACUAAAUAUGAUUGAGACCGAUCGCUCGCUCAUAGUGAGCUCCAACAGUCUUCAAGAACUCUACUUGCAUCUCCAUGCUGCUGGUCUGUUCAGUGUGGAAACCUUGGAAGAAGAUCCAAGAGCUCGUCCGAAUCCUUGGGGCAAAAUGCGACCUCCCGGUGAGUCUGGGUUGCUCGGAAGGCACAGUGUACCACCGAUCGUACACGUUGCCCUCAUUGUGUCCAGACGCAGUCUCAGUGUCUUCACCGAUCAGGCUGUCGACAGAGUAGGUACGCCAGGACUUCGACUGUCCGUGCACAACGGAAUGAAGUUCGAAAAUUGUUUCUUUGCCAUCGACACUUUCUUUGGCAGCUUUGAGAGAGGCUCUGAUGACGGUGGGUCCCGGAUCAUCGAGGACCAUGCAGGUUGGACAGGCGAUGCUGAUCUCAUCGUGACUUGUGCUGUUCCCACCUGGCCUCUAUUGCUGGAUCGCAGACAAGACCUCAACGUCUCGCUUGUCGUCAACACCUCGCCCGCCACUGCGCAAUACACCCAAAAGCUUGGCUUCACCAUGAGGGUGUUCACUGCGAAUCUAGACAGUAAACGAGUCCGAAUUCUUGUUCAGCCACCUAGUACAGAGUCUGGAGCAGUCUUUGACAUCAGACCAGCCUCUGCUGUGGCUUUCACUACGCCAGACUCCGCUACUGUGAGCCUCCAGACCGAUGGGACUGUGCAGUCGAUCAGAGUCACCAGAUCCUUCGCAACCGACUCGGAAGAAAGCAAAACUCUGAAGAGCGGUGGCGCGGUCGAAGUUUCACAGAUCUCGCCGUGUGCACUUGACGUCUCCAUAGGCGAUCUGCACAAUUCAAGCAGAUUUGUCUUCUCUUUCCCUAUCAAUGGAGCUGCCCGCAAGGUAAAGAUUGCUCGCAAGUCUUCUUGGAUCGAGGUUCAGGCACCCAUAUCUACCGCGCUUCAAUUAGGUGGUCACGGCCUCAACCCUUUCCCAGUGAUUGAAAGUGGUGAGACUAUGCUAGCUUGGGCCACUAGUCAAGAUCUCGAAGUCAACUUCAAGAAUUCUUACGCCUCUCGCCGCAAUGGCUUUCAGCGAGCGAUAACGCACUCGAGUCAAGACCAACCAAGGCCCCAGUACCAUGCCAUCAAUGAUUCAGCUCAAAGAAGUAAUUCGCCAAUUGUUUCUCGCAUCCAGUGGCCUGCACCCCGAUUCCCUGGGUCAAAAGAUCCAGCUCUUCAUCACACUGGCUCCGUCUUCCUAGACGCGUUCUUCAUGCCCGCCAGCCUCGAAUUGAUCACACAAAGAUCAUUCGCGAAAAUGAUGGGUUCCAACAGCGACAACAAGAGCUUGGUCAUUGGAGCCAGUAAGGAAGAUGCGCAGCUCUGGCACCAUCUCAUCCCUUCCCUCGCCGAAUGCUGUCGCUCCUGGGAGCACACCUCCACCUGCCUAUACAAGAUAUCUUCCACCAGACCUUUUGCAGAAUUCACAUGCGGCUGCGGCAUGGGCAAGGAUAUUGCAAAGCUGCCCCAUGGCUUCAAAGACGUUGCUGCGUUUGCUACUCGUGUUGCCAUUCCUUUCAUCUCUGCUGUUCCGUAUGUAGAGUCCAUACGUGACGAAGAGGUUAUGAAUGCUUUUGCUGAGCUUGGCUUGGAGAACAAGAAAUCGGACGCUUGCGGCAGUUGUGGAGACGUCAAGGCCGGAAUGAAGGUUUGUGGUAGGUGUGAGAAGGUCAAGUACUGUAACCACGCUUGUCAGAAGGCUGCUUGGAAGGUGCACAAGAAGGAGUGCAAGCGUUGA